AUGCUUCUUCCGUCUGCGCUACCUUGCGAUGCGUCGCACUCAUCUCACUCCCGACUUCAACAAUCUCUCUUCUCUCCUCCUGCCAGCCCUCCGGCUCCUUCGCACGGUUCUUUCGCCAACCUCAUGACUACCUGCCGCUCCCUCCAAUCACUCCUAUCAAUGCCCGCGCCCAUUGUUGUCGACUCUCGUCCUGCUCAUUACAACAACGCUCAACUACCAACUCCACCACUUGCUCACGCAGCUCCUCCUCUGAAGUUGCGCCUACGACCGCGCCCUCAACGUCGUGAGCCAGUCGGACCCAAGAAAGUUACCAAGCGCGCCGCACCGCGCGCCGCCAACAAAAAACGCCGCGUUGCCGACGAUGAUAUGGACCGCUACUCAUCAGCAAGCGACUCCGGCAGCGAAUCACCGUCGCGUUGCUCUAUGGAGCAUGGAGAACCUGCAACACCCAAGCGUACGCGCAUCGCUCCCGAGCAGAUGCCUCUUGGUCUUGAGCGUUCCGACUUUCAUAACAUGCACCUUCGACAAGGUGGUCACCUUCUCAACGAAGAGGACUCUGACGACGAGGACUGGAAUGCUGAGGACGAUCGCGUCCUCAUUGAAAUUGUACUGGAGAAGCUCAGGCUCUCAAAGGCAGAAUGGCAAGAUUGCGCCCGGAAUCUCGGCCGCGAUCGUCAUGCUGUCGAUCGUCGCUGGAAGACACUAUUGCUCAAUGGCGACGUCGGUCUCAAGUCACGACCAGGCCGCUAG